GCAGGAGUACGGCGAAGAGAAUCAGCCGCCGACGGCAACCACAUCAAUGGCCUCACUCACUAUAAUCGAACAUUGUUGGCCAAGUGUUAUCCAAUAAUCUUUAUCAACAGCAACAGCAGCAGCAGCAGCAGCAGCAGCCCGACUCAGCCUCAACCCCAAGCAUUUUGGAAGCAUUAGUCUAUAUGACAGCCGAUCCGAUCUCCUUAUGCUUUUGGAUAUGUCUACAGCCUGAGCGCUAUGUACCCGGCUCACCCAUCUUUCGCGACAGCAGCGCACCGCCCAAUGCCACGCCCUCAACACCUAUAACAGCUGCGCCCACAGGAGCAGCAGCAGCAGCCGCCACGACGACGAGCACAGCGAGCGCUUCCCCCACCUCCAGGAGUCGUGGUCAAGCCAUGACAAUAUCCCUUUCACAUGCAGCACAGGGCAACGCAACGGCCACAAAGAGCACCACUAACAAUAGCAGCAACAACAACAACAAACCCAAGCCUCUGGCCACCUGCUACAUGAGCACUCGGUCCGCGGCGAUGAUGGCGCUUACGCUGGGCCAACAGUCCAGCGAGAAGAAAUCAUCAAAACCAGCUAGCGGCAAGCAAACCACGUCCAGUUCCAGUUCCAAUGCCUCGCCACGCACUAACAAUAGAGCUGUCUCCAUGACGCGUCCUGCUAACCGAUCCACGCCCACACCGGCAGCUAUGUCCAAUGUGAAUGCUGCUAAUUCAACUUGCACAGCAACAGCUACGUCCACGACCACGUCCAGAGCCACGUCGAAGCCAUCAACGCCCACAGCAGUGCGGGCUGCUGCCCAGUUAAACGGCAUGGGUAUCCUCUCGGGCGGCAGCAACUCAAGCGGCUCGGACAAUGAUGGAUUCAGCACUUCGGGCUCCUCAACGGCAACGGCUCUCCGUCGAUUGUAUUUCAAGAGCGGGCGCAGUAUCAAGAACAAGAUCAAUUCAUCCACCUCCUCCACACCACUCAACAAUUUGCCCAUGAAUGCCGUCUCCAACGCCUUUCACAACUCGGUGAGUGGUGCAACGGCCAUGCAUGCAAUGGGCGUCUCUGGAGUGCCCAAGCUGGUUGUGAUGGGCACUUCAUCGGCCUCCAUUCCGGAUACGACCAUCAACACAUCCACGGACUCGGCCUGCACACUCAUCACCAAUGUGACGCACACGGACACGUCGGAGACCUGCGAUUCCCUGGACUUGGGCGACAAUUCUGGCCCCAGCGAGCCGCUGUUCAGCUCGCUGGAGGAGCCUUUGCUCACGGCCAUACAAAUCGAUUCGGAACAUGAGGCGGGCGGCACUGAAUUGGAACUAACGAGCUGCUCACGCUAUCCCCCGCGACCCGACAUGAAUCUCCAGGACAGUACCGAGAGCCAGGAAUCCUGUUUGUCCAUAUUGACGGGGGAGCCGUCAUCAACAACCCCGCUGCUUGUGUCGUCACGUCAGCCCAGCACGGCGCCGCCGCCCACACGUGGACGUGAGCACUUCACCUUCGAUCCGCCGCAGUCACCAAAGUCGGCGCGCAGCAGCGAGAAGGCCCGCAGUCACUUCACCUUCAAGGAGGAGACACAGCAGGCGCGCCGAGCAAGUAGCUCCCAUUAUACGGGUAGUGCAACCACCGCUGAGGCUGAUGAGGUGCACGAGGAGCGUCUUGCGGCCAAUCGCAACAAGAAACUGCGUGCCAGGGAGCGCGAUACAAUGAAUGCCAAUGGAGGUGGCGGCGGCGGCAGCGCUGGCAGCACACGUAAUCGGAUCUCGCCCAACGUUUCACCCUCGUCCAGCAACCGCACCAGUCCCAAGCGUGAACGGAAGCGUACCACGCCCUCUGCUUCAACGGGCGCCAUAGCCAAGAUCAACUCUGCGCCGCCAACAAUGAAGGACGGCAACUUCUUCGGCAGCUGCCAGAACCAAAAGCAGCGUCAAUCCCAGCAGCAGCAGCAGCAGCAGCUGUCACCCUCUUCCUCGGCCUCUGCGCAGCAGCGUAAGUAUUCGUCCAGUUCAUCCAGCGGCAGCAGCGAACGCUGUCUGCGAGACGCAGCCGCUGGCGGCACAAUGUUUCCCUUUGAUCGUGAGGCCCUCGACUAUGAGCGCAUCCAGCGGGAAUGCUUUGCGCCCAGCUCGGCAACGGCCAGCACCAGUAGCGACUCGGAAGAGGGGGAGAAUUGUUCCGUCUACGAGCGCAAGCUGAGCGCCGACAUCUUUCAGCAAUACUCGCGUCUCACCCAACAGGAGCAGCAACAGCAGCAGCAUCAGCUUAAUCAUGAGCGGGAUAGGGACUGGGACCGGGAGCGGGAGCGUCCACCCUCCCGAAAGAACUCCAAGCGCAUACGACCAGACUCCGUGAUACACACAACCAUACGCGAGAAUCAGCAGUAUGUGCCACAAUCGGACGCGUUCUAUCCGCAGACCAAGUCAUCCUCCUCGCCCAGCGAUCAUUCCUAUGCCGAGCUGAACAAAUUCGAGGAUAUCGCCAGCAAAUUUGAGCAGAUACCACCCAAACAUGGCUCCAACUCGACGCUGAAUCUGCAGAUGCUGCAUAUGCAUAGUCCAGGCAGCGAAUCCUUGGCAUCCGCAUCACUUAGUCCCACAGAUACCACACGGAAACGAUCCUUCAAAAGCAAAUCCAAAUCGAAGACGCAGACGCAGCUGCAGGCUCAGGCACUGGAGGAUUUACUACCGGGUUCAGGUUCGAGUGCGGGCGCCAUUAAUGUGACUGCAAAUCCCUUAGAGGCAGCCGCCGUCUGCAAGCAGCCCCGUGCCACAAUCGUUGUACAACAACCAUCCCUCAGCAUGGACAAUACGGUCGAAACACUGCUGAUCAAAAAUGAGGGGGAUUUCAUCAGUGUGGAGCAGGGCAAGGAGCUGAAUGCGCGUAAGCGGCACUCACAGCAGCUGGCACAUCCGCCGCAUGCCGGCCAACUGCAUCAUCAUCAUCAUCAUCAUCAUCACCAGGUGCAGGGACAUGGCUACACUCAACAGCAGCAGCAACAACAGCAACAACAACAGCAACAGCACAAACGCGAUGAGAACAUGCGACAGCUGUUGGAUGUAACCAAUACCCUGACAAUUGAGGAGCUGCGCGACUUUGAAAUGCGCUAUGGCUCACCACAUCACAGCCGGUCGCAGUCGGUGAAAAUGCCCGGCAGUCGCGCCUCCGGACGCCCCAAUCAGCUAUGUCUGCCCCAGCAGAGAUCACGCGUCGCAUCCAUGCCCAAUACUGGUGUCGAGGAGGAAUACUACAGACUACGGCACUUUUCCAUUACCGGCAAAGGCGUUGUAAAUCGCGGCGAUUCGCUAAAGAGUCGACGCAGUCGCUCCAACAACAGCGUGGCCAGCUCCAACUCCAGCACGGAGCACCUGACCGCCCAGCAGCAGCAACAGCAGCAACAGCAGCUGCAACAGGGACAACAACAGCUGCCCGCGCCCACUUCCCACUCGGCACGCACCUCGCUGGCCUCCAGUCGUGAGAGCAGCACCUCUAAUCCGGGCAAUGGACCCUACAGAGUUCUGAUGCUUGGCGGUCCGGCGGUGGGCAAAAGUUCGCUGGUCUCACAGUUCAUGACCUCGGAAUAUUUGCAUGCGUAUGACACAAGCAUUGAUCUAGGCAACUGUGAUAUACGCAUACAUAUUGAAAAAGCCGCCGACGAUGAUGAAUCUGGCGAAAAAGCCGUAUCAGUAUUACUCAGCGGCGAGGAGUCCGAAUUAAUAUUCAUAGAUCAUGGAUACACCGAGAUGACUCCGGAUGAAUGCUUGACCAACUAUGAUCCACAUGGCUAUUGCGUCAUUUAUUCUGCCGCGGACCGGAGCAGCUUUAACAUUGCCGAACAGGUGCUUCAGGUGCUAUGGACCAAUCAGAAUAUCGCACAGAAAGCCGUUAUACUGGUGUCGAACAAAGCGGACCUCGCCAGGAGUCGACUCGUUACAUCCGAAGAGGGCAAAGCCAUGGCCACCGCAUACGAUUGCAAAUUCAUUGAGACAUCGGUGGGCAUUAAUCACAAUGUCGAUGAGCUGCUGGUGGGUCUGCUAUCGCAGAUACGCCUCAAGCUCGAAAAUCCCGAAAAAUCCAGGGAUCUGUUUCGCAAGCGUUCCAUUCGCAAGUCCAAGCGUCGUGCCUGCUCACCGCUCAGCGCUGGUUGCCUCAAUGCCAACACGCCGCUGGGUCCGCUUGGAGGACCACUGGGUGAUGCAUCUGGUACGCCGCCAGGCAGCGCACACAGCAGCCCACGUAAAUAUCGAGGCUCGCGAACUUCCACGAGUCUCAAGGUCAAGGGUCUGCUUGGACGCGUCUGGACACGUGACUCCAAAUCGAAGAGCUGCGAGAAUCUGCACGUGCUCUAAAGGCACCAACACACCAACACACACACACACACACACACCCAAACACACAUCGACUGAGCAUGGGGCAGCAAUUAGCAUGAGAAGAGGGGGGAACAUUUUAGUUAUUAACCCAUUUAGCCUUUUGGUUUUCCCAAAUUUGGUGCAUACAAAAUCCCGAGGAUUAUUUACAUAUACAAUAAAUAGAAAAGCUCCCUAAGAUACAUUUCGCCUAAGUUUUGAAACGUACAAGCUACAAAUAGACUCCUAACUCAUAGCUGUAUUAUCUUUGUAUAUAUGUAUAAUUUAUAAUAUGUAUACUUUAAUGCUAGUCAGUUAAAUAUUAUUUGUAUUAAGUCCUUAUAAUUGUGUAUGAAACUUUGUGUAUAUAUUCAACAAAUAUAAAUAUACUUUUAAU